AUGAACAAUAGGCCAGUCGAGCAAGCAUUAAACACACUACUACCAACUCACGCGAAUGACCUUCCUCCAGAGCUCGUCAGUCUAGCUUCAAGCCUCGUCGCGCAAUCGCGAAGCUUCUCAGCCAGCCUCAAGCCCGAAGAGGAGAUCGCCCGGCCGUAUGCUUGUGCUGAGAUUGCUUGCCGGAGGCUAGGUCGAGCCCUCCGGUUACCCCCGUUACUAGGCCAUCCGCCCUGUCCUCCACGCGUCUACAAAAAGCUGUAUAGCUUCCUGGAUCGGUCUCUAGGCUCGAGUACAGCAGCAGUCAAACACUCAGCUAGUGGCUCAGCGCCCGGCACUCCUACACGUGCGGGAUCAAACCCGUCUACACCUACAAAAGACAGGACAACACUCGCCCGGACACCCUCGAUAUCAGCAGUUCCAGGCACGCCGCGCGGACUCCAGAACACCCCGAGCAAACCUACACCGUUGAAGAGAGCAGUUGGCAACGUCGAUUCAUCCUCGCAUACACGUACACCGCAGAGAGUAGAGAAGAAGAUCAGGCCCAAUGGUCUUCCGGGCUCAACGAUUGUUCCCGACGCGCCGGGAUGGGUGAUGGCUUCCAUCCGGACUGUGUGCAAGACGCUCUCAACCCCGGCACCGAGAACGAGUACUUGGUCUCGACCUCCUAUCUCAAAAACGUUUCCGCCGCAUAUGUUCGCAGGCGCGUCCUCAAUCCUCUACUUUAUUUCGAAAACAUCGAGCAGCGAUGCCGACGCGGAUUUGGACGAGGAAAUGCUGGAGUUCCUAGAACCCGUCAUGACAGUGAGAAAUCUGGAAAAAGACGAGGACUUCAAAGAAAUGAUCAACGCCUUAGUCGUGGCCAUCUACUUCCUCGUUCUUGCCCGCCGGCGAAACCCAGUCGACGCAGACGGCGAGCAAAACGGCGAGUCAAAGAAGCUCGAUAAGAAGACCUUCUCCGAGAUGCGUCAAACGGCCCUCGUCAGCCUUGGAUUCCCCGCAAAUGAACGCCGACACCGCGCCGACGUGGACCAGUGGAUCGCCCUCAUCAUGGAACAGAACUGGGCUCACGGACAAGAAUGGUUCGAGAACAUCCCGCAGGCGGGUGAGCUAGACGGUGAAGAGGAGUAUGAAUCCGAUGACGUCGCUGCUGGUGAAGGGGAUACUGCGAAGCGGCCAAAGACUGGUCGCGGAUUGCUGAACGCGUCGAGAAAGGGUUUGCUUCCGGGACUGGGGACGAUGAUGCAGGAUCGGGUGGAUUGGUUGAGCGAGGACCGGCAGGAGGAUUAUUUGGAAUGGAAGGCGGAUAUUAUGGGAAGGAUUGAGCAGGUGGAGGGGACUGGUCGGGUUGGGGCUUAG